AUGUCUCAUUCUGCGUCAACAAGUCCGGCCGGAGUACGGCAAGCCUUGGAACGGGCCCGGAACUGCGAGGAUGGUUCAGUUGAUUCCCAUACCACCGCCGUUCUCGAAACCGCCAUCACCGAGCUGUGGACUCGAAUUCAAGCCCAACCAGACAGCUACGUUCUCAGUCGCGACGAGUUUGCCCUCUUCAACUACUUCCUUGGGCGCUUUCGCGGCUCACCCAUUGCCCAACGCGCUGUUGCAAGGUACUGGAACAACUGCCAGGGCUCUCCGGCCAAUACCGAUGGCGACAAGAUAUAG